GUGAGUUUAUCUUUCUCAGAAUUUCCCCCAUUAAGCAAAGCCUCACCCUUUCCAAAACGGACUUCACUUUUCACUCUUCUCACAAAACCAGAAAAAAGCUGAAACUUCUGCUGCGACUGCUCGUACUCAUGUACCCUUCAUCCUCAUCAUCCUCGUCCCAAAAGUCCAUGGGCCCAAGCCCAACCGGCAUCACCCGCUACGGCUCCGCUCCGGGCUCCCUCCUCACCUCCGCCGUCGACUCCGUCAUUGGAGCAGUCGCCGAGCGUGAAUUCUCCCCCCUCCGACCUGCUUCCUUCGUCGGCCGAUACUUAUCCGGAGGCGGCGGCGCAGAUGGCGACUCCUCCUCCCUCACCUCCGAGUCAACCUUCAGAGUCAACCCAUCCAACGCUAACAAGGAGGCCACGAAGCCGCUGCCCAGAUCGUACGGUUUGGGCGAGUUGGCGGCCGCGAUUGGAUCUUCUUCUUCUACCUCGUGUUCUUCCUCGUCUUUGGUUCGCCAGAGAAGCUCUCCAGCUGGCUUUCUGAGCCAUCUCACUGACAACAAUGUAGGAGGAUUUUCAGUUACACGAGGAAGUGGAAGCUAUAGCUCACAAGGUGGGCCUAAUGGUGGCCAUGGAGGAACAAGGUUGAAGUCCCAGUUGAGCUUCACUAGGCAAGAUUCUCUUUCUCAAAUCUCUGAAGUUAGUGAAAAUGCUGUCGAAGGUGUUAGCUCUACCAGUGGCCAACAUAGUGCCAUGCAUUCUUAUCCCGCUAGUAGCUUUGGGAUGGACUCCUGGGAUAAUACCAAUUCUAUUGUCUUUUCUGCUCCAACAAGUAAACGAGCUAAAAAUAUGGAUGGUGACAUAUUUAACUGCCUCAAUACCUUAGAAUCUCAGUUUAGCCUGCCCCAGACAACUUUAGAAAUGGCAACAGUGGAGAAGCUACUACACAUCCCUGAAGAUUCAGUUCCUUGCAAAAUCCGUGCUAAGCGUGGCUGUGCAACUCAUCCCAGAAGCAUUGCUGAGAGGGAGAGAAGAACUAGAAUAAGUGGGAAGUUAAAGAAACUGCAAGACCUUGUCCCUAACAUGGAUAAGCAAACAAGCUAUGCAGACAUGUUGGAUUUGGCUGUGCAACAUAUCAAGGGUCUACAAAAUCAAGUCCAGAAUCUUCACAAAGAUCUUGAAGGUUGCACUUGCGGCUGCAAACCCACAUAACAUUACCUGAUGAUAGUGAAGAAAAUAAGGGAACUACAGAGGCCCAAAAUUAAAAGGGGUCGAAGUUAGACUAGUUUUGUUGCAUUACCAGGUUAGACUCUAUAUUUCUUCUGUAGAAAAAGUAGAUUCAAACACUUUUAGGACGGCAAUUGUCCUUGCAUAUUUUAUAGUGAUUUAAAUCAUCUUUGUAUUCUUGGAUAAAGUUGUACAUAUAACGAAGCAACUACUGUUUCUGUGGUUCAUCAAGGAAGUCAACUUUGUUAAUUUGUUUCACCAAACGAAUACCGUGUAUUCUGUUCAUCUCACCAAACCAUUGGUAGCAUUGUAUGCAGCUUCAUAUUCUCUAAUGCUUCA